AUGUCUUUAGUUUUACCAAUACCUGCAGGUGUAAAUACAUUAUUAAUUACAGAAAAUGAUUUAGGAAGAGGGUUUAAUAUUGAAAAUGGAGAAAAUGCCAAAAAAGGUCAAGUUUUCAUUUGCGAAAAAGAAAAGAUCAAAUCAACAUUUCCAUCAACAGAUUCAAAUAAUCUUUCAUUAAUUAGAGAUAAUGAAUCAUUAAAAGCUGCAUUAGAUGUAGGGGGUGAAUUAAGUUUAUCAUAUGGUUUAAUAUCAGGUAAAGUAAUGGGUAAUUAUAUUGAUACAAAUACUUCAAGUAAUGAAAGAAUGACAUUUUUAUACACAAGAAGGAUUGUUCAUAAAAUUGUUGAACUUGAUUAUAAAUCAGAAGUUGCAGAAGAUAUUUCAAAAAUAACAACAAUUGAUGCACUCAGAUCAUUCUAUGGUCUUUAUUAUAUAAGUAAAAUUGAAUAUGGUGCAAUUUUAGAUUUAAAAAUUACAUUAGAAUCUUCAGAUAAGAAAAAAAUGGAAAAUAUUAAAGGUGAAUUAAGUGGAAGUGUUACAAUUGGAGCACUUUCAUUAUCAGUUAAAGGUCAUAUUGAUAAAGAGGAUAGUUCAUCAACAUCAAGAUUAAAAGUAACAUCAUCAGUACUUUUAGGUGGUAGUGUAUUAAUUGAUAAAACUGAUGUUAAAAAUUUUGAUGAAGCAAUGGAUGUUAUAAAUAAAUUUAAAGUUGAUCCAGAAAGAUUGGUACCAGUAAGAAUGGAAGUUUCAAAAAUACCACCAAGAGUAACACCAAUUCUUUCAAUUGAUCCAUUAACUUUAAAUCAUUAUGAAAAUAAAUUAAAAUCUGUUGGUUCAUUCUAUUGGGAAUUUCAACAAAUGAUACUUCAAUUAGAUGCAUUCAAGAAAUUAAUUUCACCAUUUUUAGGUGAUGAUGAAAUGGCAAUCUAUAUUAAAGAAUUAGUUUCUGAUGUUUCAUAUCAAAUUACAUCUUUAGAAGUAACAAAAGAUUCUAUAAUUAAAUUUAUUCAAGGUACAAUGACAAAUAUUUUAAAUUCUGAUAUUCCUUGUUCAGAAGCAUCAGUUUCACAAAAUAAAGUAAAUGCACAACAGAUGAUUGGUUCAGUAGUUACAGAAACUGAAUUCGGUAGAUGGAUUGGUCCAACUGUUACUGAUAAAAAACUUCCAACCUAUAAAGGAACUUAUAAAUAUAAAGAUGGUUCAAAAUAUGAAGGAUUUUGUCUAAAUGGUAAACGCCAUGGUAAAGGUAUAUUGAAAUAUCAAGAUGGUAAUAUUGACCAAAUAAAAACAAUAGAGGGUGUAUGGGAAAAUGAUAAUAAAGUUGAAGAAAUUAAUGAUACAAAAAGUUUAAUAAUUUGGAAAGAUCGUUCAAAGAAAAUUAAAAUAUCAGAAAGUUUAACAUUUAGUAAUCUUUCGAAUUCAAAUCAAAAUAUAUUUAAUUAUUAUGUUAAUGUUGAUUUAAUUCAAGAUAAAAAGUUUAAAGAAUUUUUUAAAGAAUCACGUAAUUCACUUAGUGAUCGUCAACGUUAUAAUUAUUUAUUAUUUGGUUUAAUUGGAUCAGGAAAAACCACAGCAAUUGAAUUAUUUAUUAAUAUAUUAAGUGGCCAAAUUAACGAUCCAAAGCAAUUACGAUCAACAACAUUAGAGCAAGCACGUAAACAAGGUCAAAGUAAAACAAAAAGUGUUUGUCAUUACAAUAUUGAAUAUUAUUCUGAAAAUACAUGGAUGUUUGGUAUUACAUUAGUUGAUACGCCAGGAUUAAUCUAUUCAGGUGAUACAAAUAAAGAUUAUCAUUAUGUUAAUUCAAUCAUUUUAACAUUGGGUCUUGAAAGAGUUGAUGGUAUUGUCAAUGUUAUGAAUGGUUCAUUAACUAGAAAAUCAAAUGAAUCUUUAAAUGUUUUAUCCACCCUAUUAUCAAUUCUACCAAAUGAAUCAAUUGAUUGCUUUUCAACAAUAAUUCCAUUUUGUAAUGAUCAAAAUUUAGCAACUCAAAUUAGAAAUGAAACAAAUAAUAGUAUAAAAGAAAAACCUGCAUUUUUUAUGGAUAAUCCAUGGUCACAACAUUCAUUAAAUAAAUUUAAAGAAUCUGAUGAAGUUGAUACUCCAGGAAUAAUAAAAUUACUUGGUGUAAAUACUGCAAACAAUAAUGCUGAUGAUGAACUUCAAAAAAAAAUGAUAGAAAAAUCAAAUGUAUUUUUAGACUUUUUCAUUGACAGAAUUAGAAUAAAAUCUUCAUUUAAAGUUUUACCAAAACCAUUUUUAUUUAAUAUUAAAAAUACUAAAGUAAAUGGUGAUGCAUUUUUUGAAGAUAGGGAUGGUAAGAAAAUAAUUAAUAAUGAAGCUAAUGAAUCUACUAAAUUUGUAUUAACUGAUGAAGUUGCUUUAAAAGUUGGAUCGGUAUUUUCAGUGGUUAAAUUAUCAUUGGAAACUAAUUUAUUAAUUAAAUUUGAAUUUCAAAUUUCAAAAACAAGUAAUACAGGUGCUGAUGGAUUUGCAUUUGUAAUUCAAAGUAAUUCCAAUGAUGCAAUUGGUGGUUGUGGUGGAAGUAUUGGGUAUAGUACUAUUCCUAAGAAGGAUGGUGCAGUUGCAAUCGAAUUCGAUACUCAUAAGAAUGAUGAAAAUAAUCUUGGUGAUCCAAAUAAUAACCAUAUUUCAAUUCAAAAAUGUGAAGAAAAUAGAACACUUUCAUCUUUUCAUAGAUACUCUUUGGCUUGUGCUGAUCCAUCAUUUACAAUGAAAGAUGGAUUAGCACAUAAGGUUGAUAUUCAAUUUAAUCAAAAGAAUACAACUUUAUCUGUUACCCUUGAUUCUGUAAAAUUAAUAAAUGAUACCCAUGUUCCAGAUUUAAUUGGUUUAAAACAAGCAUAUAUUGGUUUCACUGCUUCCACUGGUUCAAGUUAUUCAAAACAUUCAAUUUUAAUUUGUGAGGUUUUUAAACAAGAAUAA